AUGGCCUCGGCAGCACCGACUGUCACGGGGACCAAAUCCAGCCAACAUGCGUUAAUUCAAUCAGAAGAUUGGCCGCAAGAUAUUCACCAUUCGCACUGUCGGCAUGGGGAAUGGAAGCAGUUUACUGGGGAUGGGCUCAAUACCGGAGUCCAAGUCUUAAGUGAUGGACGUCUGGAUAUAAAUAUCAACGAACAUCGGCCAAGUAUUGCUGGACUAUUGAAUCGCAUUCAAAGCAGAACCGCGCCAUCUGACCUAAAGGAUCUGAAGGGAAAGAAACCCCCAGAGGCGAUACCAAAGGAUGAAGGAAAGGAGUUCCCACUCAAAAUGAACAUUGUCAUUCAAGUAAUCGGAUCCCGGGGUGAUAUUCAACCAUUUGUUGCGCUGGGAAAAGAGCUGAAAGCACAUGGGCAUCGCGUACGACUAGCAACACAUCUUGCGUUCCGAGAGUUCGUUCUCGAUGGCGGCUUGGAGUUCUUCUGUAUAGGUGGAGAUCCCGAGGAGUUAAUGGCAUUCAUGGUACAAAAUCCCUCACUUCUCCCGGCAUUCAGCACAAUUCGCAGUGGCGCCAUCCAGAAACGCAGACGUGAGAUGAAGGAAAUUAUAUACGGUUGUUGGAAGUCCUGUAUCGAAACUGGCGAUGGUACAAAUCUACAUCAAAUCAAGGAGGAUCUUUGGAGCGAUACGAUGGACUACCGUCGACGACCAUUCGUUGCUGAUGCGAUCAUAGCCAAUCCGCCUGGGUUGGCUCACAUCCAUUGUGCUCAACGAUUGGGAAUUCCACUCCAUAUGAUGUUUACAAUGCCCUGGUCGCCUACUCAGUCCUUCCCGCAUCCUUUGGCUGUCAUCCAUCAGUCGGGCUGCAAGCCGACAGUCGCAAACUUCGUAUCAUAUGCCAUCGUUGAUAUGAUGAUUUGGGAGGGGUCCCCGGGAUUAUUACCAAAGCCAGUCGACUGGUCCGAUAAUAUCGAUAUUUGCGGGUUCAGUGUACUGCCCGCAAAAUCAGACUACACUCCACCUAAAGAGAUCGUCGAUUUUUUGGAAGCAGGCCCCCGUCCAAUUUACGUUGGAUUUGGCUCUAUUGUGGUAGACGACCCGAUCAACCUAACUCAAAUCGUGUUUGAAGCGAUCAAAAGCUCUGGCCAGCGUGCAAUCGUUUCAAAAGGCUGGGGUAACCUCGGCGCCGACAGGGUGGAUGUGCCGGAUAACAUUCUCAUCGUCGGCAACGUACCUCAUGACUGGCUCUUCCAAAAUGUCUCAUGUGUUGUUCACCACGGUGGUGCUGGCACCACAGCCGCAGGGCUUUCCCUUGGACGACCGACCAUUAUCAUUCCAUUUUUCGGAGACCAGCAAUUCUGGGGAGGAAUUGUUGCGAUGGCUGGAGCUGGACCGGCACCUGUCCCGUACAAGCAAUUGACGGCUGCUAGUUUGACAGAUGCUAUCGAGAUAGCCCUAGAGCCAUCGACCCAAGAAAAGGCACAGGAAAUUGCGGACAAGAUGCAGGAAGAGUCAGGAGUUCGGGAUGGCGUGCGCAGCUUCCAUCGGCAACUCGACUUGAAAGCUUUACAAUGCGCCAUAUGCCCGGAUCGCCCUGCUGUGUGGCAUGUGAAGCAAACUUCAAUCGCACUUAGUGCUUUUGCUGCUGCAGUACUAGUCGAAACCGGCAGGCUCAAACCAGAGAAUGUCGUUUUAAAUCGACCAUCAGAAUACGACACAUAUCGCGAUCCUGUUGGUCCAAUAAGCGCAAGUGCGCAAGUACUACUUGGCGCGAUUGCACACUUUAUCACAGGGAUUGGCGAGCUACCUUAUGAAAUGGCCUCGGACAUUUCAACCGAUGAUGAAAUAAGUAUCGAUGGUAUCGACGAUGAAGUGAACGAUAAUCUACCAACAAAUCAUCCCGACCAGCGACAAAGCCUAGAGCUAGAGCUCACCCGAACAAUGAGCUCUGUGAUUCCACCCGAGCGAAAGGGCGUAGGCUACGAGAUCCGGACUCACGGAAGUCGAAUGUCGAAGAAGCUUUUGAAAACCAUAAUCUGGCUCCCAACGGACUUGACACUCAGUCUGUCAAAGGGAUUCCACAAUGCACCUAAAUUGUACCACGACCGGACUGUCAAAGCUACACCGAAGGUAAGCGGAUUCCGUAGCGGUUUGACAGCAGCUAGAACGGAAUUACGAGACGGCUUUUGCUACGGGAUCAAGGGUGUGGUCACGCAACCCCGGACCGGCUUCCAAGAGGAGGGUGCGAAGGGCAUGGCCAAGGGCAUGGUGAAAGGAGUUAGUGGUCUUUUCUUCAAGCCACCAGCAGGUCUUUGGGGACUUGCUGGAUAUCCCUUGGUUGGACUACGCCGAGAGCUUCAAAUCUCACUGGGCAAGAACGUGGAUGGCGACAUCAUCACGUCUCGCAUAGACCAAGGCCGCCAGGAAAUGCAAGAAGCGACAGCUGACGAACGCGCAGAGGUCGCUAGAAAAUGGGCUUUGAUUCAAGAGGAUUUCCGUGUUUCUUAUUGA